GAGUCGGACAUCGCUACUCCCUCAGAGAAAUUGACAGCAGCUGGGUCGCCUGUGUGAGCAAACCCGAAGGACAGACACGGCAGAAAAUAAAACUCUGCCGUUGCAGUGGGCUCCCCCUUCCCCUUUCCCCCACCGUUUGAGCGAACAUAUCAGUAAAGCGACCCGGACGAGCUCUCUGACUCCGUUUCCCCGCUUUCACAGCGGAGCGGUCAGGACUUUUGUCAGUAGCUUAGCCGAGCUAGCGGGCUAACACGACUAGCUGGGUUCAGCUACAACAAGGAAUUACAAAUAUUCCACCGAGAAACACUGAAGAAUGUCGGGGAAGGAUCAGAAUAAACAAUCCACCACCGAACGGCUCGUGAAAGCGGUGCCGUACCCUCCCACAACGCGGCUCACCAUGAAAGAGCUGUACGAGGACGGCAAGCCCAAGGUGGAGCUUUUGAAGAGCCACCUGGUGAAAGAGGGCCGCCUGGAGGAGGACGUGGCCCUACGCAUCAUCAACGAUGGAGCCAACAUCCUCCGCCACGAGAAGUGCAUGCUGGAAGUCGAGGCGCCCAUCACAGUGUGCGGAGAUGUCCACGGGCAGUUCUUCGACCUGAUGAAGCUCUUCGAGGUGGGGGGUUCCCCGCACAACACACGCUAUCUAUUUUUGGGAGACUACGUGGAUCGAGGCUAUUUCAGUAUUGAGUGUGUGCUCUAUCUGUGGGCUCUGAAGAUCAACCACCCGACCACCCUCUUCCUCCUCAGAGGCAACCACGAGUGUCGGCAUCUUACGGAGUACUUCACCUUUAAACAAGAAUGCAAGAUUAAGUACACGGAGCGGGUGUAUGAUGCCUGCAUGGAGGCCUUCGACUGCCUUCCUCUGGCCGCUCUGCUCAACCAGCAGUUCCUCUGCGUUCACGGAGGUCUUUCUCCUGAGGUCACCUGCCUCGACGACAUCCGGAAAUUAGACAGGUUUAAAGAGCCGCCAGCUUUCGGGCCGAUGUGCGACUUGCUGUGGUCUGACCCUGGCGAGGACUACGGCAGCGAAAAGACCUCCGAGCACUUUUGUCACAACAGCGUGAGAGGAUGUUCCUAUUUCUACAGUUACCCUGCAGUAUGUGACUUUCUGACGAAUAAUAACUUGUUGUCAGUUAUAAGAGCACAUGAAGCCCAAGAUGCAGGGUAUCGAAUGUACAGAAAAAGUCAGACGACAGGCUUCCCCUCAUUAAUCACAAUCUUCUCUGCACCAAACUACUUAGACGUGUAUAACAAUAAAGCUGCUGUGUUGAAAUAUGAGAACAACGUGAUGAACAUCCGGCAGUUCAAUUGCUCUCCUCAUCCAUACUGGCUGCCCAACUUCAUGGAUGUCUUCACAUGGUCAUUGCCCUUCGUUGGGGAGAAAGUAACGGAGAUGCUGGUCAACGUGUUGAACAUCUGUUCAGAUGAUGAGCUCAUGUCAGAGGGAGACGACACCUGCGAAGUCCGCAAGGAGGUGAUCCGAAAUAAGAUUCGUGCCAUUGGCAAGAUGGCCAGAGUUUUCUCUGUUCUUAGAGAGGAGAAUGAGAGCGUGCUGCAGUUAAAGGGCUUGACCCCCACUGGGAUGCUGCCUCUAGGUGUGCUGUCAGGGGGCCGUCAGACCCUCCAGAGCGCCACCGUAGAAGCAGAGGAAGCACGAGCUAUCCAAGGCUUCAAUCCUCAACACAAGAUCCAAAGCUUCGAGGAAGCACGCGGGCUGGACCGGAUAAAUGAGCGAAUGCCUCCACGCAGGGACACCAAGCAGCCAGACGGCACUGCCAACUCCAUCAACGCAGCCAAUUCCCCCGACAAGAAUGGCACCAACACACAGGCGUAGUAACCUAGCAGCUACCUAGCGCUCUCCCUCAUCCUUUCCUUUCUGUCUCUUUUGUUUUUUUAUUUUUGUUUUAUUUUCUUCUCUCUGUCUGUCUCUCUCUUUUUUCCUCUCAUUCUCUCUCUUUUUGGUAGAGGUGAUGCCCCCUACAUGCUAAACUCUCCUGGACCAUUUCGGGGAGAAUCGCACAAUACCAUGAAGAGGGCGUAGUGAAAAAACAAACCAUGGUUCUUAUUUAUUUAUUGAUUAUAGAUGAUAAGAAAUUUAAGAUCUGUAACGGUGGGAUGAAAUUAAGAUGAAUGAAUACCUACAUGAUGGAAUAUUACAUGUGUACAUAAAAUACAGAAUAUAUAUAUAUAGACAUAGCAUUGGGGUGGUUGUAAGGUCAUCUUAGAUUCUGUAGUUUAAAAA